CCACCCGAUUGCGUCACCUGACCGCUGUGGCCCGCGAGCUCCAUGGCUGGCGGCGCGCUCGGACUGCGGCUGCUGCUGUUGGCGGCGCUGUGCGGGGUGGCGGCGGCGCUAUGGCCCUGGCCGCGCUCCGUGCAGGGCUCGCCUCGCCGCUACUGCCUGGGCCCCGCCGCCUUCGCCUUCCGCCACCACGCAGGCUCCGCCGCGCAGCCCGGCUGCGAUGUCCUGGACGCCGCCUUCGCGCGCUACCGCCGCCUGCUCUUCGGGGCCGGGCCCUGGCCGCCGCCCAGCCUCUCGGGACAACACCAUGAGUCAAAGGACAUGUUGGUUGUCACUGUGGCCACCGCAGAAUGUAAUGAGUUUCCCACGUUGGAGUCCUUGGAGAACUACACCCUGACCAUAGACGAUGACCAGUGUCUGCUGACUGCGGACACCAUCUGGGGAGCCCUCCGAGGUCUGGAGACGUUCAGCCAGCUUGUGUGGACCUCUGCGGAGGGCACGUUCUUCAUCAACAAGACGACCAUUGAGGACUUCCCGCGCUUCCCCCACCGGGGCUUGCUGCUGGAUACAUCUCGCCACUACCUGCCACUGUCCAGCAUCCUGGACACACUGGAUGUCAUGGCGUACAACAAACUGAACGUGUUCCACUGGCACCUGGUGGAUGACCCCUCCUUCCCAUAUGACAGCAUCACCUUCCCUGAGCUCGCCAGAAAGGGGUCCUACAACCCUGUCACCCACAUCUACACAGCACAGGAUGUAAAGGAAAUCAUUGAAUAUGCAAGGCUGCGGGGCAUCCGUGUGCUGGCAGAAUUUGACACCCCUGGCCACACAUUGUCUUGGGGACCAGGUAUCCCUGGGUUGCUGACUCCUUGCUACUCUGGGUCUCGGCCCUCUGGUGACUUUGGACCUGUGAAUCCCAUUCUCAACAGUACUUACGAGUUCAUGAGCUUAUUCUUCUUGGAGAUCAGCUCUGUUUUCCCAGAUUUUUAUCUUCACCUUGGAGGAGAUGAGGUGGACUUCACUUGCUGGAAGUCCAACCCAGAUAUUCAGGCCUUCAUGAAGAAGAGAGGCUUUGAUGACUUCCGGCAGCUGGAGUCCUUCUACAUCCAGAUGCUGCUGGACAUCAUCUCUGCCUACAACAAGGGCUACGUGGUGUGGCAGGAGGUGUUUGACAACAAAGUCAAGGUUCGGCCUGACACGAUCGUACAGGUGUGGCGGGAAGAGAAGCCUGUCACCUACAUGCAGGAGGUGGAAUUGGUCACCAAGGCCGGCUUCCGGGCCCUGCUGUCAGCACCCUGGUACCUGAACCGCAUCACAUACGGCCCCGACUGGAAGGCCAUGUACAACGUAGAGCCCCUAGACUUCGAAGGAUCUCCUGAGCAGAAGGCGCUGGUUAUUGGGGGAGAGGCCUGCAUGUGGGGCGAGUGGGUGGACAGCACAAACCUGGUGCCCAGGCUCUGGCCCAGGGGAGGUGCGGUUGCUGAGAGGCUGUGGAGCAGCAACUUGACCACAGACCUGGACUUCGCCUAUAAACGCCUAUCACACUUCCGCUGUGAGUUGCUGAGGCGAGGAGUCCAAGCUGAGCCCAUUGGUGUUGGCUACUGUGAGCAGGAGUUUGAGGAAACCUGAGCCCAUAACCCUGGCACUGAGGUGGGUGCUGGCUUCCACUGCGUCCCAGCUGGGUGACAAGAGCCCCUCGCCUUCGAACCCUGUGGCUGGAGAGAAGGGGCUGGCGCUGGCGCCAGCAGUCAAUAAAGACCAAUGUGGCACUUUUCCCUAGUGAAUGAGGAUUACCUGUGUUAAAGAAAGAAGCGAAUGGCCGAAGGCUAUGGGAGCUGCCUUGUCUGGCAGGGAGGCUUGGGGCCAGUUGCUGGAGGGUUUUAAAGCUGAGGUCUAGGGAUGAAACCUGAGCUUCUAUGCUCCUCUCUUUUUGGUUGAGACAAGGUGUCUCGGUGUGAUUCAGGUUGGCCACUCACUGAACUUACUGUGUAGCCCAGGCUGGCCUUGAACUCACGGUGAUCUUCCUACUUCAGCCUCAAAAGUGCUGGGGUUACAGCACCUUACCUGGUCUCUGUGCUGCUUCUUUUUUUUUUUUUUUGGUGCUGGGGAUCGAACUCAGGAUCUCUCACUUGCCAGGCAGGUACUGUGCUCUUGUCCUUAGCCUGUGCUUUGCUAGGUCUCUCCUCACCCGCUCAUCCUCAGCCUGGUCGCUGUACUGUUGAAUCCUACCUGCAAGGCUGCUGUAUAUGGAAGGGGCAUCGCAGGGGUCUGAAGGAAUUCUGAGCAAUGGCCGAGGCUCCAGCCCCUCUAUGGGUACUCACACCCUUCCCCUAGAACUGUAUUCUUUUUCCUUUUUGCUACUGUUUCUUUCACUCAGCCACUAUUUAAAAAAUUCUCCUCAGCACAUGUUUGCAGUACACACUGAUCACAUUCAUCAUGGGGAGGCAGACCGUGCACAUGACACACUUUAUUUCAGUUUACAUCCCUUUCCCUCCUUCCCUCCAUUUCAUAUCCCCUUCUCAUUUGCAAAGGUUCAUCUCCCUGCUUCCGGUUGUCAUAUCAACCACUCUUUAAAUGUUCCUGAGCACUUCCCAAGGUCCGAGCACCUGAAAUAAUACAGCCAGCUUCUGCCGCCUCCUACCCCGUUGUCAGCCUCACGUGUCCCAGUCUGGGUGGCACAGCUGACGCCAUGACAGCAGAGGCCCUGGGAGCAGGGCAAUGACGACCAGCUUUCUCCAGGGAGAAAUGACUCACUGUGGUCCCAGACUACCCCUGCUGCUCUUCUGUUCAGAAGCAAUAAUGUAACCCGGCGAUUGAGACGGUGGUAUACAGCAUCAGUCUGGAAUGAAUAUUUCAUUGGCCAUUAUUACAUUCUUUUUCCUGGUCUGGGGCUGUGACGGUGGAGAAGUCCUCGGCCUUUGUCUCAGAAGCUUAGAGAAGGCAUAUGAGGAAAACCUGGUCCUUCAGCAGCAUCCUGUCUCCCUCAGUCAUGCUCUCUGGAGACCUGGUUAGUGACAAACCAGGCCUGUCUCUUGGGCAGUGUCUGGAGGGACCGGGUUAGCAAAAGUUAUGCUUGGCCAUGCCCAGGACUCCACACCUGUAUCCUCAAGUAGGCCCCCUUACCUCUGCCCCCGUACCUAGAAGCCUGUGGGGUGGUUCCAGCAAGGACCCCACAGAAAUGCUGCUACCCUUGCACCCCUGCUUUCCUAUGGUCAUAACUAUUGUUCCUGUUGUUUGGAGUGAUGUUAAAUAGCGAAGACACGAAGUUGUAGGGCAACCAAGGAAUAAACAUGAAAACACUUGCUUUAUA